UACUGGAAGCCAAUUAUUAUGAUUGUAGCGGUCAAUCUGUUACUCAGACCGUCCCUAGAAAAUACCAAUGCUUUUUACGGAGAGAUGGGUUCUGGUCUCAGACUCUAAGUUAUCUCCUGACGCAACUCUUUUGGCCAUUAGCUAACCACGUAUAUCUCACCAUUCUUUACUGCUCAAGAAAUUUACUUGGAGCUUGUUCACUUGCCUUUCUCUUUGCCUUCAUCAACAAGAAAAUAGUGUAGUACUAAAAACAAUAAUUGGUGAGAGAAGCAGGCGUUAUCAACCGGAGAAUUGAAGCUGCAUUUUUUAAAAAAUUUUCAACAGUUUGGUGAAACAAGAAUAAAUGGAAGGAUUCUGAUGUAAAAGCUGCAAUUCAGUGAAGAAUUCAUGUUGCACGGAUCUGGGCUGGCUAGACAUUUCUUGGAGAUACCUCUUUGGCGACCUCCAUUGAAAAGAAAACCUGUAACAACUGCAACUCUUCUCGUCUUAACUGUUUUUCUGGUGGCCGCCUUUACAUCUUCCUUAUGGAUUGACACUUCUAGGUUUUUUAUUGAGAAUUUAACAAACAAGACCAUAAUAAUAUCAGAAAAGCCGAAAAUUCCCAUAAAGAAAAUUGAAAUCCCACUCAUCUGCACCAGCGAAAACCAGACACAAACCUGUCCAACAAAUUACCCCAAGACAUUCCAAACAGAAGACCUUGACCCUUCAUCCAACCCUGUUUGCCCUGAUUAUUUUAGAUGGAUCCACGAAGAUUUACUUCCCUGGAAAAGCUCAGGAAUCACCAGGGACAUGGUGGAAAGAGCUAAUAGAACAGCAACAUUUCGCCUGAUAAUCAUUGGGGGCAAAGCCUACGUCGAAAACUACAGAAAAGCCAUUCAGACAAGAGAUGUUUUCACCAUCUGGGGCAUUCUGCAACUCCUCAGGAAGUACCCUGGAAGGCUACCAGACCUGGAAAUCAUGUUUGACACUGAAGAUAGGCCGGUAAUCAAAUCAAGCGACUACCAUGGACCGAAUGCAACGGGCCCACCACCAUUAUUUCGGUACUGUGGAGAUAAAGAAACGCUGGAUAUGGUUUUUCCUGAUUGGUCCUUCUGGGGAUGGGCAGAGAUAAACAUAAAACCAUGGGACAGCAUAUUGAAAGAUAUUAAACAAGGAAAUAAUCAGAGCAAAUGGAUAGACAGGGAACCAUACGCCUACUGGAAAGGAAACCCGUUUGUGGCUGACAACAGGCAGGACCUUCUUAAGUGCAAUGUCUCUGAUCAACAAGACUGGAAUGCCCGCCUUUUUAUCCAGGAUUGGAUCCUUGAAGGCCAGCAAGGUUUUAAACAAUCGAAUAUAGCAGAUCAAUGCACAUAUAGGUACAAGAUCUACGUUGAAGGGUAUGCAUGGUCUGUUAGUGAGAAAUACAUUCUGGCCUGUGAUUCUGUUACAUUGAUUGUACAGCCUCAGUUCUAUGAUUUCUUCAUGAGAAGCAUGCAGCCUGUGGAGCACUACUGGCCUGUAAGGAACGAUGACAAGUGCAAAUCCCUUAAGUUUGCCGUGGAUUGGGGCAACAAUCACAAAAAGAAGGCACAGGAAAUUGGAAAAGCAGCCAGUAGCUUCAUGCAAGAGCAGCUGAAAAUGGACUACAUUUAUGAUUAUAUGUACCAUUUGUUAAAUGAGUAUGGUAAAUUGUUGAAAUUUGAGCCAAGAAUACCUGAAGGAGCAGUGGAGUUGUGCUCAGAGGUUAUGGCCUGUCAUGCAGAAGGACUUGAAGGGCGAAAGAAGAAGUUCAUGAUGGAAUCCUUGGUGAAAGGUCCUUCUAUCACAAAUCCAUGCACCAUCCCUCCUCCUUAUGAACCUAAAGCUCUCGCAGCAUUUGUUAGGAGAAAAAUCAACUCAAUAAUGCAAGUGAAGAAAUGGGAGAAAGGUUAUUGGGAAAGUCUCAACAAGCAGUAGUGGAUGCUUUUUUUUUUUUUUUUAGUUUCUUCAUGCUAUAUCUAGACGACUCUAUUUAGGUUAAUGCCCAAUUCUAAGACAACAUGGGCCAAAUUGGAGAGUACAUACACAUUUCAAAACUAAUAAAUGUAUCCUUUCUUGUUUCCAAUUUAAUUCAUGAGAAAUGGAUAAGGGAACAGCAAAUCUCUUUAUCUAUAUAUAAGAGAGUAUUUACUUCUGGAUUUUUUUAUUGGAGGUAACAUUGGGUGAAUUUGUAGGGUCAAUUGAAGCUGAGACUGAGCCGAAACCCAUCAAUUAAAAAGGGGCCUUUUCUAGGGCAGGAAAGCGGUCCUCUUGAAUAGUUGAUAAAUGAAAGGUCUUGGGCAAAAGGCAAAGGCUAGAUAGGAGCUAUUGGCCCAUCAAAAUUAAGAAAGUGAGGACCACAAGUCCACAACCGGGAAACUACAAGGCUCCACUCCCAACUUCCCAAAUGUUACUCUUAUCUUUUAGUACAAACUUUUGAAUUUUCAUGCCAACUUCAAUAGUUUUCAGCAUCACAUCCAGGAGGCAUUAUCACAAUUUUCUUACUCUGAAUUUAAUUUUGUUUAAUUCCCACCUAUGGCCUUAACUAUUGAAUAUUCAAAACUUUUGAGCACCUUUGCUUCUAUAAUCAGUGAAUUUCAGCAAAAAGAAAAGUAGGAUUUUGAAUUGGAAACUUCAUGGUUCCAAUACCUCUCUGUCACCAAAUCCACCGAAUCAAGACCUCAUUGGUCAUUGUCAGAUUAAUCAGUUUCUGUACGUAUCUGGUAAUUGGUAUUUACUUGAAGUUUUGAUGCAAUCCGGUAAAAGCCCAAAUUGCCCUAUAAGACUGGCUUGGCUACAUUCAAAAGCAAUUCAAGCACAAGGAUUCUUUUGUUCACCAAAUUAGAGCCGAACAGUUGAUAGUUCAUCAAUGCAUUUGGAUUAGGAUGUGGUUAGUUCAUCACCACCAAUUCCACAAAGCCUAAUAGAAUUUGGGACCACUGCCAGGAAUAGGAUGUUGAUAGUUCAUCACUGCAUUGUUCCAAAAGCGUAAACACGCCAUCAAAGGGAUUUCUCAGGGUCAAGAAUGGAAGACAUCGAAUUGAUCUGUUAUCUGUCAGAAUCGACAAAAUAAUAAAAAUAAAACUCCCCAAGUGAAUGCAAUGAUCCCCCCAUCCCCAGGCCUCAGGGGCCCGGGCUAUUGCUUCGUUGCUGUCACCGAAAAGCAAAAGCCCGGAAUUUCUACAGGGUACAGACAGAUGAAUGUCGUUGUUUUACAAUGAACAUGAAACAAAGACCCUUCUUCCAAUGGGGCUCCAAUUAUCAAAUCAAACCAAGCUAGUAAUUGAGAAUUUCUUUUGUAAAUGACGAAAAAAUGGGAAAAUUUUUCUUUGUGGUCCAUGUUCCAUAAUCUAAGCUUUUGCCUGGUUUUCUCCCCUCUUAUAUGUUUCAAAUUUCAAUUAGCGCUACGUUUUCCUAUGGUGAAUCAAUUUAUAAUUGGUCUUUGGCCAUGUCUUUGUAUGGGAAUGUAAAGCAGAUUCAAAAUUAGAAAAUCAGACAAGCUCGGUUGUU